CAGCAUUCUGAUUCUUAGCUUAAAAUGUAUUGUGCUGGAGAACACACGUGUAUUAUACCGAAUGAAACAUGUAAUUUGUGUGGCACUGAUUGGUGUGUGUUUUCUUUUCAGCCUUGCUUGGAUGGUGAGGACCUGAAGCUAAUAGCUAGCCUGUUAAUAGCUACAUAACACAUGCUAAUAGCUACAGAAUAAAUGUGAAAGCACUGACCCCCUGGAACUAGGAACUUUGUUCAGAACAAACCCAGGCAGUGGGUCUAAUGCUAAAGAAUAGUUUUAAAGGCAUAUUUUACUCCUGGGCAGAUGAAUCGAUGGUGCUGGUUCCUAGCACUGGGAACACCAUUACAACCUCGCUCUGGGGGAAUGCUGGUCACAACGGCAGACGUCAGCAGUUCGAAACCCCCAGGACACUUUAUCACGGGCACCACGUCGUGCCGUCCCCACGGGAGAAAAAAUGGGUGACUGUUGGCGAUACGUCCCUUCGAAUCUACAAGUGGGUCCCCGUGACUGAGCCCAAGGCUGAUGAUAAGAGCAAGAACAAGAAGAAGGGCAAGGAUGAGAAGUGUGGAUCUGAGGUCACAACUCCAGAGAAUAGCUCUUCUCCUGGCAUGAUGGACAUGCAUGAUGACAACAGCAACCAGAGCUCCAUUGCCGAUUCCUCUCCUGUCAAGCAGGAAACCAGCAACAGUGCCAGCCCUGCCCCAGAGCUUGCUGCCAUCUCUCAGAGUGACAGCAAUGAGGGCAAGAGUGACCAGAGCCAAUCCCCUGACAAGGAGCAGCUGGGCUCAGAUGCCAAGAGCAGCCAGUCCGAGCAGAAUCAGCGACUGCAGCAGGCCAAGCAUGGCAAGAGCCAUCCCUCUUCAGAGUCCUCAGUGCCCAAUGCAGGCAAGAAAGAUGCCAGGUCCUCCGGGGAGAAGGAGCCGUCCUUGGAUUCUGCCAAAGCCACUCAGGAACUGGAUGAUGACACUCCUCCUAGCAAGAAAAGCAAACUGGAGUCUCCUUCUCCAGACUAUGAGGAGAAUUAAAUGUCCCCUUCUCCUAAUUCAUCUCUCCACCUCAACUUUGUACCCACCAUCACGUCCUUGCCCUUGGGAACAUCCCCAUUCCUUGAGGUGGAAAGUCAAGCUUAUGUCUAUGAUAUCUCUCAUCUUUGAAUUGUCACUGAUGUUGGCCUGGUGCAGGUUGUCUCACUCCAUGCCCCAUCACCCCUGCUCCUUCCUCACAUGUCAGCAAUAGCUGGGUGGGUAGAAGACAGCAGACCUAGAGCGCUGCACCAUCUGAAGCCAGAAACAAUGGAGAACUGCACCUUUGUGUCACACUUCAUAGAGAUAGAACACCUCCCCUGAAGCACUGAUCAAAGGGCAGACAACCCAGUCCCAAUGACAACCCCAGCCACCUGUUGAGGAAGGCUCACACUGACCCAGGAUCUGCCUUCUCUGUGUGGUGCACCACUGCAACUAAUCAGUCAAAUUCCUCCCAAGCUUUCUGUUUUUUCUCAUUCAGCUUUGACUCCAGGGGGUUUGUGUUUUAGUUUGUAUUUUUUAUUUUUUUGCUCAGGAGGGUCAACGCACUGUUAUAAUGUCAAGAUCACAGCUGGUGCUGCUGCUGUUAUUGUUUUUUCUUUUUCAUUUUUUAAAGAAGUUUAUUUAACAAGGACAGCAAAAUAUUUAAUGAAUGGUACAGGUUACAUAUUUAGUUCAUUCGGUUUUGUUUAUUCCUAUUCUUGUGAAAAAUAGCUCGUAGCAUAAGUCCUGCUUGGUUAUGUGCCUUGCAUUACCAAAACAAUGAUAAGCUUGUGUUUUUGUUUUUUUGUGUAAAUAUAUUUUUUACCUUUUUGUCAUUUAAGUGCCCUAUCUUUUGAUUUGCUUUUUGAAAGGUCUUUCACAAAUCUACAAACGUGAAAAUGUUAAUUUAUGUGAACAAUGUCCAAGCAUAAACAAUAAGGACACUAAGGCAGAAACCUUUAAAACAGUUACA